AUGCAGCAGACAGCUAUGCUUUUCGACAUGGAAAAGUCUGGCAGCUGGCGCGAAUUCCCCUCGACGCUCCUCCAGGGCGGACGCUCCCCGCGCGCAGUACGCGUCGCCGCUUUUACCAUUCUCAUCCUCUUCCUUGUCCUCGUCUACGGCGGCAGCAGCAGCACCAGGGCCAGUUUCGGGAAUCACAGGCGCCCUGCCGAGCCGGCAGCCACUGGCGGAGUCCCGCGUCCGUCGCGCGACCAGCAGCGUCUCAUGGACGCGGCGAGCAACGCGACGCUCGGCUUCAGCUCGAUUCAAUUCAUCAACCUUCCCGGCCGCUUCGACCGCCUCGACGCGGCCUCGCUGCAGGCCUGGCUUGCGGGCAUCGACAUCACCGAGACGCCCGGCGUGCUGGCGGCCGACAUUAACGACGUGGGCAUGCCCCCGGAGCAUUCGGCACGCCUCAGAAAGGAGGAAAAGGGUUGCUGGCGCGCCCAUGCCAAUAUCUGGAGCCAGAUGCUCCGGGACAAGUCCCCCGCCGUCCUUAUCCUCGAAUCCGACGCCUCCUGGGACAUCGAGGUCCGCGAGUCGAUGAGCCUCCUCAACCAGCAUUUUAGCCGUCUCCUCGACAAGGUGCAGUCGAGGCCGCUCCCCAACCACGGCUUCCUCAACCGCCCGUCCACCUCGGUCACCCCUCCUCCUGCUGCUGCUGCUGCUACCACUACCGCCGCAGCCCCCCCGCCGCCACCGCCGCCGCCGGCGCCGGCGCCGGCGCACCCCGACGACCCCUGGCAAAGCACGCACUGGGAUCUCCUCUCCCUGGGCCAAUGCUGGGAGGGUCCCGAUAACAAGAACGUUUCCGUGCGCUACCCAGACCCGCACGUCGCCCCGGGCAUCGACUACUGGGGCGAGGAGCUCGGCGCCGAGCGCGUCGUCCGACAAUCCGGCGGCAUCGUCUGCACCACCGCCUACGCCGUCUCCCAGACCGGCGCCGCCAAGCUCCUCCUGCGCACCGCCCUCGACCUCGACAACCCCGUCGAUCUCAUCAUGCGCCUCAUGAUUCAGGCCGGCGACCUCGUCACCUACAGCGUCACCCCGACCGUCUUUGCGCAGUGGGAGUACCGCGACGACAUUGGCAUGCGCGAGCGCGGCGCAAACAGCGACAUCAACAGCCCCGACGGCGACGGCGAGCCCAACCUCUCCGGCUGGGAGGCCGUCAAGCACACGGGCAGCGUCUGGCGGAAAAAGGAGGGCCACACCAGCAUCUCCUUCAAGGAUAUGGCCCUCGAGAGGGCUUGGGGCUUCAUCUUUGGCCAGGAGACGACGCUGGAAAGGAGCCAGGCUUGA